ACAUUGUAGUUCUAGUUAGUUUUAAUUAAAUGUUCAACUAGUAUAUAAGUCUUUUAAAAAGUUAUCUUGUAUAAAGUAGUGAGAAAGACUGCUCCUACUGAAAAGUCUAGCUAGCACGUCACACAAGACUGCUACGUCACACCUCUACGAGCUACAGCGCCGUGCAGUCCGUGCGUAGCCACGCGUGCAGUUACGUCCUAUUGUCUCAUAGACAAAAAAUAACCUUUUUUUAAAUAUCAAGUAAGAUGGCGCGAACAAAGUUUUGUGGUUCUACUUCGAGAUUACUUUUGCUGAGUGUUCCGGCUUUCAUUAUGCUAAGUGGAGCUGUAGUAACAGAAAAAGCUCGAAAUUGCUACUGGUGUGGACCGCUAGCUGACCAAGUGCAUCGCAGCCAACGUGCUCCGCCGUGUAAGGCGGCUGAUAACCACGUCACCGCCUGCGACCCUGACAUGCCAUUCUGCGCUGUAAUAGCUACUUCGCCGCCUUACGUCGAGUCGCGACUUUGUGUAAAACUAUAUCAAGACGAAUGCUACCCACUAUUCUGCAAUUCAACUAAAACCUGGAAAAUGACAUGUCCGUGUCGUGGCGAGUUAUGUAACGGACCUAAUACUGAAAGAGAAGAUGAAGCUUUCGCCGUCCUUGCUAAGCUAGUGACUAAGACACGAAACACAAGAAUUAAAAAAAGAACUCAUCUCACCACUAGCAAAUUUACCCCCACUGGGGUUGAAAAGACCUUGAUCAUUACAAACAUGUCCGCUUUGGAAAACGAAGAAUUAAAUAAUUUAAAUAGCAAUGUAACUAAUAAAGAUCAAAUAACACACAUAAUGCUGUCGGACGAACCUGUCUCAAAUCUUCAGAAUAUGAAAAGCGAAGGUAUGUCGUCACUAGAAAUUGCGUCAACGUCAGAUACAGUAAAAGAGUUUGCAACAUCUACUCCUGCAGUUGAAAUAGGCACCAUUAUUGACCAUAAUACAUUAGCUGAGAAAGAAGUUACGUCUGGACCAGAAACAACAAAACAUGAAAAGCUAAUAAACAAUAUAGUAAAACCGAGUGAAGUACUACCAGCUGCUGAAGCUUUACAACAAAAUACGACUCCAAAAGUUGUUAGUGAUAAAGUAACAGUACAAACUAACGCAAGCUUCGAAGCAACAGAUCAAACAACGACGGAAAGUGAUAUAGAGACGACAACAAUGAAAUAUGAUGAUAAAAAAAAUGGAGGGUACAAAGUUUGUACCACAACUUAUUUAAUGUCUCUAUCAGUAAUUACUUUAUACGUUUAUUUUAAUAAGUAUGCACCGUCAUAUUUGCACUAGAUAAAUUAAAGCUUUACUACAAAUUUUGAUCUCCGAAUUUAUUUUUAAGCUUUAAUUAAUGCGAAACACGUAAGAUAAGUAGAUUUGUGAUAUUCACGUGAUAUUAUUUAUUGUUUUAAAUUUUCACACCAGAGUUUAAUUCAAAUUAAUAAAACAAUUAACAUACUA